UGUAGUCGCGUGUGAUGAUCAUAUGACCGACCGAUGUUCAACAUGGCUCGUCUGCUGCUCGUAUAUCUGUUUACGUUGACGGGAGUUUUCGCCGGGCGGUAUUUUAACGAGAAUGAGCCCUGCUACAGAAAACAGCCGAGGAGAAAUCUGCAAGGAAUUAAAACCGGACCACGUCCUUAUGAAAAUAUGAAUUUACAAGAUCUUCCUAAAGCUUGGGACUGGAGGAACAUCAAAGGCGUCAACUACGUCAGCGCAACACGCAACCAACAUAUACCACAAUACUGCGGGUCUUGCUGGGCACAUGGUAGCACAAGUGCCCUUGCAGAUCGUAUUAACAUCAAGCGAAAGGCAGCGUGGCCAUCAGCCUAUCUCUCUGUCCAGAACGUCAUUGACUGCGGAGACGCGGGUUCCUGCCAUGGCGGAGAUCAUACCGGUGUGUGGGAAUAUGCUCACACUAAAGGCGUCCCGGAUGAGACCUGCAAUAACUAUCAGGCCAAAGAUCAGGACUGUGACCCGUUCAAUCAAUGUGGAACCUGCACAACAUUUGACGUGUGUCAUAUCGUGAAAAAUUUCACACUCUGGAAAGUUGGAGACUAUGGCCCAGUCAGUGGGCUGGAUAAGAUGAAGGCUGAGAUCUAUUCUGGAGGACCCGUCAGUUGUGGGAUCAUGGCAACGCACAAGCUGGAUGCGUACACUGGUGGUGUGUAUUCAGAGUACGUGCAAGACCCUUCUAUAAACCACAUCAUAUCGGUGGCAGGUUGGGGUGUCGAUGAGAAUGGAGUGGAGUACUGGGUCGUUCGUAAUUCUUGGGGAGAACCCUGGGGAGAGAAAGGAUGGCUCAGAAUCGUCACCAGCGCAUACAAGGGAGGCAGUGGGAGCCAGUACAACCUCGCCGUCGAAGAGGACUGCAUGUAUGGAGACCCAACCUUACCAAAGAACUACCUGUAGGUUACUUGGAAAAGCUCCACAUGGAGCACACACAAUUUUCGAAUGAAAAUCUACAUUUGCCAUAUUUCAGAAAUGACAUGUCAAGGGCAAGAAUGAUUGGAGACUGCCUAAUAUCUGUCGCCGCACUGGGUAUUGAUAGGUUUUAAUGGAAAUCUCAAGAAUAUUUUAUCAGAUGUUGCACAGGUUUAUACUUUAAAUUUUUCUUUUGUGUGACUGGAGCCAAUUUUUUAAAAUGAUUGUCAACACCACUCAAUGAACGAAAAGGGAAAUGCACCCACCACCCUUUAUAUACUAGAACAAAGUUUUAAUGGAUUGAUGCUUUCAUAAAGAUUUUGGGGUUUGCCAAGGUAUCAGAACACAAUGUAUGCCAAUCUGAAGCCAGAUCAGUCUGCCUUAGUAUUAAAACACUUAUAAUAAAAGCCUUAUGGUUUACUCUUCGCACUUAUUUCAUUACCAUUUUAAUUGCCCGGACUUUUCAUUUUAAUUGUUUAUGUUUACCACUACACACUUAUCUAACGGUAACUUGGUCAGCAGCAAUAUGCAUUUUUACUUUAACACCCUUAAGAAAUAUGGCGUCUGCCCUCAAAGUCCAUAGCCUAUCAAGAUACGAAUGAUAGACCACCUCAUAAUUCAAACUAUUGUGCCAUGUGAAGCAAACGCAAAUCAUAAGCUUCUGUGGUUCUAAAAUGAUAACACUACAGGCUUAGUUCAAUCAUGUUUAAUAAAAAGAAACCAAUAUACAAAAAAAGAAAAUUUCAUGUAGCUCAACAUUGAAAACAAGCACAAAAACUAUGUACAGAAAUAUGCAGCACUCAUUGCUGGCCAAUCGCAUUUUGGUUGCAAAUCCCAGUUUUCAAAAUGACCACCAAUGCAGAUGAUCACGGUCUCAGUUCAUCAUGAUGAAGUUGGACUUGCAGUGAGC